CAAAUGAAAUAGUAAAAAAUGUAAACAUCCCAUUAGUUUGACAAUUGUUAAUGAUGCAGAUAGAGAACCAGACAGCCCUUUAAUAGCUUAAUUUAUUCAACUGUUGAGCCGCAAAAUUAUCAUUAGCAAAACAAAAUUAUUGAAUAAUUUUUUGGGUUUAUCCAUCAGAGCCAUCUAUUGGCUUUUAUCAUCGAAUCUCACCUAGUGACACCUGAUGGUUUAACAACAGAAAUUUUAUUGAUUUGUUAUUUUUUUUCAGCAUCAAAGCAUUAAGCUUCUCCUUUCAUCUUAACUGGUAAACUAUCAAAAGUGGUAAUGCUUAUGCUCAAAUAUGUCUUAUACUCAGUUGGCCCCAAGCCCCAUCAAUAUCUGUAAUUGUUAUUGCUGUUGAAACGCUUUUCCUUUAAAUUUAUAUUCACACAUAUUUAUUUUUGUUUCUUGUUUUGCUUUUUUUUGUUCCUUUUAUUAUUCUCAACAUUCAAUGUGUUCACAAAUUGGUCAGUGUAAGAAAGGAUUGCCCUUCAAGGAGCCCAUUGAAUUUCCUCUUCCAGAUCUAAUCGGUGAAUCAGAUAUUCUAACGGAAGAUCGUAGACGAGAGUUGGCUCGUCACCUGCCAGCUCGCACUGAAGGAUACUCAUGGGCUUUGAUCUACUCUACAUCUAAACAUGGUUUCAGUUUGAAAACCAUUUAUCGAAAUAUGGUUAAUUAUGAGAAUCCAGUUCUUCUGGUUAUCCAAGACACCGAUGGAUCCGUAUUUGGAGCCCUUACUUCCACAUCUUUAAGAACAAGUGAUCACUUCUAUGGAACUGGUGAAACCUUUCUAUUCUCAUUUUACCCUGAAUUCAGGUGCUUUAGGUGGACUGGUGAUAAUGUUUAUUUUAUUAAGGGUGACACAGAAAGUAUUGCAUUUGGUGCUGGAGAUGGUAGCUUUGGUCUUUGGCUGGAUGGUGACCUUUACCAUGGAAGUAGUAAUCCAUGUCAAACCUUUGGCAAUCCUCGACUAUCAAAGAACCAAGAUUUUGUGGUGAAAACGUUGGAAUGCUGGGGAUUUGUUUGAAAGCUGCUGACAUGAUCGUUAUCAUGCUCCUCUGAUUUAAUCUGUAAUCAUUGAUUCUUGGAUUGAGCAAGCAACAAAGAAUGGAAACAAUUAUAACUAAUCAAAGUCAUUGUGAAUCAAUAUGUGUAUUCAUUUAUACUGUCAACUCUGUUUCCAUUCUUUCCUUUUCCAUUCUCUUCUAUUCUCUAUCUCUCCUUUGGAAAAGCUGCAACACCGAGAAUCUAUUACCUCUUUUCACCAACAAUUAACUCAAUUGUUGAUUGUAAUCAAUUGGAUCAUCAUAUCAAGUGAUCAUCAUUGAGAGUCAAUACCAAAAUUUCAUCUCAAUUUUUCUUUCCUUUUGCCAAGCCCAAACAAUCUAAAGCAAUCUGAAAAACAAAAAACAAUCUCUAAUCAAAAAUUAAUUAGAGUUUAAACCGACUAAUCAUAGUUUACAAAAAUCCUAUGUUAGAUUUUACAAUUUAACUCUAAUUACUUCCCAUUGAACUAAAUUGUGUUGAUUUAUGUUUUCCUCUUUUCCACUCAUUUUUCUGUUGUUUCUUCCUUUUCUUUUUUCUUACAAACUAUCAUGUUAUUUCAAUCUCUUUUCCGAUUUCAUUUCUUUUUUUUGAUAUUAUUAUCGUUUUCUUCUCUGUUCUGUUAUUCAAUAAUUUAACAAUCAAGUUAAUUAAUGUAAUAUCCAAUAAUCAAACUAGUUGGUAGUUGAACGUCCAAAUGGCUGUUUGCCAUCGAUUACCAGUCCGAUUUACUGAUUGAUUAAGUGAGAUUACGGAAAGAGAUUAAUGACAAAAGAUAAAAUAGUAUUUAUGUAGAUUUAUGAUUGCUAAAUUGCAAUCUUGGACAAUCCAAAUCUCAGUUUAACUUUAAUAAUUGCGACAAACAAAAGCGAAUUAAUAAAUGUAACAUAGAAUUGAAAGACAAACAAUUUCUGAUUAAAAAUUCAAUUGUACCUUAUA